AUGGACUUAUUAGACAUUGAUCUAGUUAUAACAGCUUUGACCUCUCUCCUUCCUCUCCCGCCAGUGCCCCGUCUUGAGAUCUUUGAUGCCCGAGGAGAGGCUAUUCAAGAGAAGUUCUACGAGGUGGGGUCGGGCAUAGACCUCCGGUGUACGGCCUUCCACGUACCCAGGGAUAGUGUGGUGUGGUCCCGUGAUGGUGCAAGGAUCUAUCACACACCAGAUGCCGGAAUUAGCAUCGAGAGCAACCUCGGGCCUUCAGGAAUAGUAUCCUGGCUCCGCGUGAAGGCCGCCGCCGUCACAGACUCCGGCAACUACAGCUGCAGUGCUCCUGAAGCUGAAACUGCCACCGUCCGUAUACAGGUCCUGGAUGGAGAGAGUUCAGCGGCCAUGCAACACUCGACCAAUACAGCAUCCAUGCCAAGUCGCCACCUGUCAGCUUCUAUCCUCGCCCUCCUUCUCCUGCUCAGCGUGUCCUGCUACAGUCGUGGCACUCCCUGUGGCACCGUUUGCUGUUGAAGGCGUUAAGGUCAUACUUCUAGGCUGCUACGUGGGAGGUUGACCUUUCUGUCCCUAGCUUUAGAGAGACGAGCUCAUCACUCCUUUCGCUGGCUAUUUCUUUGGUCCGGUGUGUCUAGGAGUUUGGUUUCCAUGGGCCGUUUUACAAACCGUCGUUGUGUUACGUACGAUCUGUAUAUCUUUAGCAAAUCAACGUGAAUAUGGAUAUAAAACGUCUGCAAUGGAGAGCACAUGCUAUUUACAUAUUUUCAUUAAGAUGUUAAGAUUUGUGUAUGUUGAAUUACGCUGUUGGUAUAGGAGAAUGACACGUAAAAGUGGGAUAAAGAUCAUGUCAGCAGUAUGGACUCCUCUGUGUCUAUUGUUCUCUGACAUGACGAGUGUUAUAUAUUGUAAUAUAUUAGUCUAAGCUGUAGCUAAGAAGAGUAGUUAAUUUUUUACUGAGUCAAGAAAUUAUACGCAUCAUUAAGAGAUACAUUUUGUUUAAUGGUUUAGAUAUGUGGCGGAACAGAAUAUGUAAUCGAAUAGUUUUUAUGUAAAGUGAAUGUAAAUUUCAUGAGAUUCCUUCAUCUCUCACUCGUAUUAUCAUAGUAUUUGUGUUAACAAAAUAAUGAUGUGAACCUAUUCUGUCGGAAUAUGGGAAAAUAAUCAUGAAACA